CUGAAAUAUCUAAAAUGGCGUAUGUGCACCUGAUCUUCUCGGCUGCGACUGCGGAAAACGCAAAAGUUUUCAUUUCGCUGCUGCUUCGGUAGAAGACACGGAAAAUCCCAUCGGUAAAAGUUCAGUAUGGUCGGGACCCCUAGGCAGAGAAGAAAAAAGAGUGCACGUCUAAGCGAAAUGCGUAACUAGGAGGGGUGUACAUGCAGGGGAACGACUGUCGGCCGAAAGCAAUGUCCCACUUUGGGGGUGAUACGUGAUUUACACCCGUCUUUAGUAGACUUACGGAAUCGAAUACGUCUUCGGAUUGCCAAUAAGAAGCAAAACUUACCGUAAGCGAACGGGCUAACAGUAUACAGAGCAGCGGAGGGGGGCUCGGCGACUGGUCACGACACCUCCCAACAGCUGACUGGUUCUGCUUGGGGGCCCAUCACAACGAUAUUCCGGAGGAUUUUCUUGUGCACUUCUGAAAAUGUCUUCUGAUUGCGAAUUCACAAGAGCGGUAGAUGGUUUUAAGCGAAGGGCACAGGCGGUCGCUUCAUUUAUCGGUGCACACUUGCUGGCAUUCUGCACCGAGGGGAAACGGUUUUAAACAGCUCGACCCAUGUGCGUUAUGAUCCUCUGCGCUCUGGAGAGGCGCUUCGAUAACAAAUUGACAAGGAUGUUCUUCACAUUUUGGUGUUGUCUUCCAGGGACCAAAUUUCCGCCUCUUUUUCUGCAUAGUCAGAAGUUGAAUAGGGCGCUGUCUUGAGCCGUACUCUUGUAACCUCCCUCCCUGCGUGUGGCAAAAAAAUGGGCUACUCUCCAGGGCACGAUGGUGUGCUGAUGAAGGAAACGAAUGUCCAUUUUGGCUUGUCGAUGUUUGUGGAUAAGCUUCCCCGAUGCUCUGGUAGCUGCAUGUUAACUUAGUAGGGCGUGCAUAUACGAAUUGAUGGUCUAUCGCUCUGGCCGUGCCCAUUCCCUCGCCUACUACGGCUUGCGCGUAUAUAUGUGUUCCAAAGGUGAUGCGCGUAUACACUGCCUGACGGUGUUUUGUUGUACAUUAAAGGUCAGUUGCUUGAUAUAUACAUAUAUAGAUAGAUAUCUGCAUAGGUUUCUUUCAUGUGAUCCUAUUUCUGAGCGAGGUUACGCACUCUCUUCCCCGCAUUCACGUCUCUGCAAAAGCAGCAAAGCUUGUGAUGAAGGCAACGGAACAAAAUGACUGGUCGUGGCGCGGACGAAGCGACUCCUCCAAAAUUCGUGGGGAGACUCCCUAUGAAGUGGGUCGCGUUUUUUCUCUUGGUUGUUCAGACGGUCGCAGCCGUCCUCGUGCUACGCGUCUCUCGUCUUCCUACCAAAUCUGACGAUGGUGCCAGUCGUCAGUACUUGAACACGACCGCGGUAACUAUGGCUGAAUUGGUAAAACUGGUUGCAGGAGUCCUUAUUGUUUGCGGGGAAAACCGCUGGAGUAUUUUAUCCACGGGAAGAGUUCUGAAUGCGGCAAUUUGUCAUUCGCCGAUUGCCAUGCUGCAAGUGGGAGUGCCGGCGGUUCUGUACACGCUGCAAAACAAUUUGAUUUUUGUGGCACUCUCCAACUUGUCCGGAGCUGUCUACCAGGUGACAUACCAGUUUAAAAUCCUCACAACAGCCGUGCUGUCGGUUCUCAUUCUCCACAAGCGCCUGCCCUUGGUGAAGUGGGUGGCACUUCUGAUCCUAACGGGCGGCGUUGCAAUUAUUUCGCUCCCUUCAGGAGAUUCCACCACCUCCCAUGGAAAUUUGAAUCAAGGGAAUCCAGUAAUAGGCCUGAUUGCGGUUUUUUCGGCCUGCUUGACUAGCGGUUUCGCCGGCGUUUACUUGGAAAAAAUCCUCAAGGAGACUCCUGUGAGCAUCUGGGUACGAAACAUCCAGCUGGCUCUGUAUGGAACAGUCUUAGCUGUGCUGGGGGCCUACUGGAACGACGGGGACAAAAUUCAACAGUACGGAUUCUUUCAAGGAUACAACGUAAUAGUGUGGAGUGCCGUGCUUCUACAGGCACUUGGCGGCCUCAUUGUGGCUGCUGUCCUCAAGUACGCAGACAAUAUUCUCAAGUGUUUUGGUAACGCUCUCUCGAUUGUUCUGUCCUGCUUCGUUUCCUGGUGGGUCAUCGGCGACUUCGUCCCCUCAACCCUCUUCUCCGUUGGAGCGGCUCUCGUCUUAACGGCAACGUUUCUCUACACCGCUGAACCAGUCGCGGUCGCUCAGGCAUGGCGAAACGUGGCGGCACGUUUUGAGAAAUACCCUGGGCAUGGGAGGACACCGCAUUUCUCCCCUGUCUCAACCACCGAUGUAAACGAGGCCGUCGAACUCUCCGAGACCGGAGACGAGGAUAGGCUUCGCGGUGAGUGGUGCGACAAGCGUUCGUGAAACAGUGUGAUGUUACUCAAGCCCAUGCAGUGGGAAUAUCCACCAGCAGACAGUACAGAGACGGAGAGACCAGUGAAUGUGUUUUACUUGUCUGGCGUGCUAUCAUUGUAUGUGAAUGCAUGUGUGAAAGCGUUUCUCCUGCCACGGUGUGGGAACACGUCUGUCUGUCAGUUUAUGCCGUCUCGCUCGUGUGGCUAUCUACUGUCAAACAGGCGCGACACCGGCGUUGUACCGCAUCGGGGGAAACGAGGGAGCUAAUGCCGAAGUGGUUGGUUCCUUCCAGAACCAGUGUUCUGGCUUCGCAUAGCAGUGCCUGGGAAAGCUCGCUUUUGUCGUCAUCAGCGCUCGUGGAGUCAAUGAAGGGAACGAAUUACACGUGGAGAGUGCGAGUGAACGUGGGACUAUUGUCGGAAGG